UGUGUCUUUUCGCGUUUUAUUCAGCUCUCUUUUUCAACAUGGCGGGCGGCGAGUGUGCGAGACCUCAGGGGCAGCCGCAUUUAAUGCGACAAGACCUCGAUAAACUAGACAUCAAUAAGUUGACACCGUUUACACCUGAAGUGAUCAGUAGGCAAGCAACUAUAAACAUAGGAACGAUUGGCCAUGUGGCUCAUGGGAAAUCGACUGUGGUGAAGGCGAUUUCUGGUGUACAGACUGUCAGAUUCAAGAAUGAACUGGAACGUAACAUCACCAUCAAGCUUGGUUAUGCUAAUGCUAAGAUAUACAAGUGUGACGACGAGAAGUGCAUUCGUCCAGCAUGUUAUCGGUCGGCUGGCAGCAGCAAAGAGGAUGACUUUCCUUGUGAUCGGCUUGGCUGCAAUGGCCGGUUUAGGUUGCUGAGGCAUGUCUCCUUUGUCGACUGUCCUGGCCACGACAUUUUGAUGGCUACCAUGUUGAACGGAGCAGCUGUCAUGGAUGCUGCCUUGCUUCUUAUUGCUGGCAAUGAAUCGUGCCCGCAGCCGCAGACGUCCGAGCACUUAGCUGCCAUCGAGAUCAUGAAACUGAAGCAUAUCCUAAUCCUCCAAAACAAGAUUGACCUUGUCAAGGAGUCGCAAGCCAAGGAGCAGUAUCAGCAGAUCCUCAAGUUCGUGCAAGGGACUGUGGCAGAGGGUGCCCCCGUGGUUCCCAUUUCGGCCCAACUGAAGUACAACAUCGAAGUUAUCUGCGAGUACAUUGUCAAGAAGAUCCCCAUGCCCCUGAGGGAUUUUGUCUCCGAGCCCCGUCUUAUUGUUAUUCGAUCAUUUGACGUGAACAAGCCCGGCUGCGAGGUUGACGACCUCAAAGGAGGUGUUGCUGGUGGCUCCAUCUUGAGAGGAGUGCUGAAGGUGGGCCAGGAGAUUGAGGUGCGGCCUGGCAUUGUGUCCAAGGAUGACGAGGGAAAGCUGCUCUGCAAGCCCAUAUUCUCCCGCAUCCUCUCUCUCUGCACAGAGCAGAACGACCUCAUGUACGCUGUACCUGGCGGUCUCAUUGGUGUGGGCACCAAGAUUGACCCUACACUGUCACGAGCUGACCGCAUGGUGGGCCAGGUGCUGGGAGCCGUGGGUGCCUUGCCCGACAUCUACAUUGAGUUGGAGAUCUCCUAUUUCCUCCUCAGGCGGCUGCUUGGUGUGCGCACGGAGGGUGACAAGAAAGGUGCCAAGGUGCAAAAGCUGUCAAAGAAUGAGGUCCUCAUGGUGAACAUUGGGUCACUUUCUACGGGAGGCCGUGUUCUGGCCGUGAAGGCAGACUUGGCAAAGAUCAGCUUGACCAGCCCAGUCUGCACCGAGAUUGGCGAGAAGAUUGCCCUCAGCAGACGAGUGGAGAAACACUGGAGGUUGAUCGGUUGGGGCCAGAUUCGACGAGGCAUCACUGUGAAGCCGACUUCACAAGAGUGAGGUUUAAAGUUGAGAGCAUCAGUUUAACGUCAGUUAUUAUUUUUUUUCUUUGUUCACAAAUAAACAUGAUAAAAAUGGUCA